CCGUUCGUUAUAUACGAGCUCAAUGCGACAUCCCGACUUCCGAUCCAUGUGCGGGAAGUGAUACACGGGUCGAUCCUAGAUGGAGAUCCAUGGCGUCCGGUUAUAACCUAGGGUCCUCGGGGGCACCAUCCCAACACCGUGGGGUGGAUGGACGGUCAUUAUCAAGUCAUGAAGGCUCUGCUGAUGGGAGCUGGACGGAGACGGCCUCGCGGGGAAACCGAAAUGGACGUUCUGGCUCUGGAGGCAGCAGCAGCAUCGGUCCGCGAGGUACCUCGCUUACUCCAUCCCUCCCUCCACCUGGCAGUUUCAGCUCGGAUUUGAAGAGUAUGAGCACGUCGCGGAGUACGACGCCACGACAAGAAGUGUUGUUCCCCAGGCAGGGUAAUAAUACCAUCGAGGAGGAUGAGGUUACCGGCACAGAAGAACGGCAGGCAGUUCUUAGGGACAAGAUUGCAAAAGAAAUGAAGAUCAAAACAGGCACAGAGAAUAUGUUGGAGGCAUUGCUGGCCAAGAAUCCAAAGCAGACAAAGGACCAGCGAAUGAAGGUCGAGUCGGAGUUGAGUUCGGCAAACCGCAAGCUCGCGGAGCUCCAUCAUGAGCUGGAAGAGGAAUUGUUGCGUGCACAGGUGCCAUCGACACCACCCCGAAAUCGUAUCUCUACAUUAUUUCGGGGCAGUCCCCUACGGUCCCCUUCUCGACAGGUGGACGUCGCCGAUGAGGACCAGAUAGAGGCUGACGGGGAGACGGAGUCGCCUACGUACGUCCUCUCGGAGACUCUCCAGGCUCUGGAGAUCGAGGGGAUGUCGCCAGAUUAUUACGUGGAGAGGGCGAAUAGCUUGGUGGAACUAUUCAGACGAUAUCCAACGCUUAAAUACGAUUUGGCAUGGUCAGUAUUUGGAUUGCGGGUGCAGGUGAUGCUCCUGAGCGAUAGCAGAGAGGUCAUUGCGGCGGGGUACCGAUUGACUCGCUAUGCCAUUGCGGAUCGCAAGUCGAUCCAGAUCAUAAGGUCAUUACACACAGACGAGUUGGUCAUGCUUUCUCUUGUCAAAGAAUCAAAGGCUAGCAUGGAACGCGAGCAGGCCUUGAAAUUCGUGAGAGCUUUUCUAGAUGUCAAAGAUGGAGUUCGCGAGAUAUCCCUCGCGGUCCUUAGGACCAUCGUCUCUGUCGCGGAGCAUCAUGAGGACCGCUUGAAGAAUAUCACCCUGAUGACUCUUGCGGAAAUCUUGGUUAAAGACCCAGAGUUGCUCUUCAGCGCCGGUGGCUAUGGUCCUCUGAACGACGCCCUUGCUGAAGGGACCUUUGGUGCAUCGGAGAGUCUAAUGGCCAGCUUUUUGCACAUACUCGAUCGACCGCAGAGCAGAAAGUACCUUCGAGGUGGUUGCGAGCUAGAAUCGGUCCUCACUCCUUUCACUGAUUCGAUAGCGGAUAAUAUCCGUAAUGGACGACUCAAAUCUUCUGCAAGAGCCAUCUCGGCCAUGCUGAAGACCUGGCCAGGAUUGCUGACACUGGCCAAGGAUCGAGGCAGACCUCUCCGUUCCCUCCUGGAAUCCUUACAUUAUCCCGAUCCCCAGGCUAGGGAUCUCAUUAUGGAGCUUCUGUUCGAUGCUUUACGUAUCAAACCUCCUUCAUGGUCGUCGUCUUUCCUAGCUGGCAGAAGGCUUACCACUUAUGGUCGAGUAUCCAACCUCAGGUCGGAAACCGACACCAAGCAACUGCGUGCCUUCUAUGAUAAAGAGAGCAACCGGUUUGACCUCACAGCUCAUUUCUCGGCUCUCAUACUGGCAACCCUGCUGGAUGCCGGGCUAGUCACGGCUCUCUCCGACCUUAUUGAAGAUGAGACGGACCUAUCACUGAAGCGAAAGGCUACCUUGCUCCUCACCGAAGUCCUUAAACUUGCGCAUCACUCGCUCCCUCGGUCGAUCAGCGCUGGCCUCCAAGUACUUCCCCAUCUACUUCCGGCUGCUGUCAACUUCAACUCCGACAAGCAUGACAUUUCCACAUCAACUAUCUACCAGAUAGAAAGUAUCAACCGCACUCUCACCAAGUCCGGCGGUUUCUCGACAGAGUCGGGCAGAUAUGCUGUGGAUGCAGAUAUAUCAGCUUCGCUGCUGUCGGGGGAACAGGCUAAAAAUAAGCUGAGUGCCACAAUGGACGAAACGCAGUUCCGCAAUUUGAUUCUAGAGACCCACGUCCUGAAUACGGUCAACUACGUUAAAUGGAAGUGGGAUUUGAUCCACCGUAUCGUCGAAGGCCCCCUCACGAAUCCGAAAAGACUAGACGAGGCUAUCAAAGGAUCCAAGUUCAUGAAGCGGCUAAUUGGAUUCUAUCGACCCUUCAAAUAUAGGUUCUCCAUGAUUCCAAACACAAAGCCCAAUUUGCGUUACAUACGGACGGGCUGUGCUCUAAUGCGGACGCUAGUGCAGAGCGCGGAAGGAUCGAAAUAUCUGGCCGAAAAUAAGUUGUUGAGGCAAAUCGCGGAAUGCCUAGCUCAAGUGGAUCGAAUGAGCGGAUUGACUUCGUCUUCGCCGUUAUUUUCAAGGGAUCAGAUGUCAAAUACACUGAGCGGUGGCUAUUUCGCUUUACUGGGAACUCUAAGUUCCGAUAGCAACGGACUGGCCAUGAUGGAGAGAUGGCACAUGCAUAACAUGUUCUAUCAUAUAAUAGAACUGAAGGAUCGAAACGACUUGAUCCAAGCGCUCCUUGGAAAUAUGGACUUCAGCCUUGAGAGCCACCUCAGAGUCAUAUUAUCCAAGGCCCUUACCACAUGCUCGAAGGAUAUCCGUAUCUUUGCAACCAGGUUCCUCCGGAAAUAUGCCGUAGGCAAUUCCUCACUUUCACCAAGCGGUACGGGAAUAGGAAAUGCCGACUGGGUCGUGAAACUGCUCGUUACGCAGCUCUAUGAUCCAGAUGUUGCGGUUUGCCAGGUUGCCGUCAAGAUUCUUGAGGAGGCUUGCAAUCAGCGCGACUAUCUUGAGUACGUAGUCAGAUGUCGACCUUCUCUCGACCAUCUUGGCGAAAUCGGUGCACCUCUCCUUCUGCGCUUCCUUUCAACCUCUGUAGGAUAUCACUACCUUGACGGUCUUGAUUACAUUACCCAGGAAAUGGACGACUGGUUUCUGGGUCGAAACGAUGCUUACGUGGGGCUUGUUGAGGCCUCCUUAUCCCGAGCUUACGUCGACCAGCCUCGCAGGAACAGCUUUGUAGGUGACGAUCUCGUUGAAAUGCAAGACAUCGGUCUUCUUCCCCCUCAUUUCUAUAGGGAACUUGCUCGCACCACUGAGGGCUGCAGGCUCUUGGAGCAGUCUGGGCAUUUCAACGAAUUUGCAUCCACGAUACGAGAUUUCGAGUUGACAGAAGAGGACCCCGAGCUGCUGCUGAAAGUAAAAGGCUGUCUCUGGGCGGUGGGUAACGUCGGAUCGAUGGAGCUGGGAGCAUCCUUCCUCGAAGAAACGGAUAUCGUAAAGGAUAUUGUCAAGAUUGCUGAAGAAGCAGAGGUCUUGACCAUGCGAGGAACAGCAUUCUUUGUCCUUGGACUGAUAUCCAGGAGCCGACAUGGACUGGAGAUGCUUAUAGAGAACGGAUGGGAUUCUGCGGUGGACCAGAAAGGAGAUUCCUUGGGACAAUGCCUGCCUAUGGACUUGAGCAAGCUGUAUACUGUGAGUCACGUUCAACGGGCGUUUGAAGAAUCGUUGUUGAUCCGGUUAUACCAGAUAUCUUUCCCUAAACUUCCUCGGAAUUCGCAAUUUAGACGUGUUUCUCGAGAGUUGUUCAAGGCAGCGACAACGGACUCGAAUCCACUGAACGAAAAGAUUUUGAAAUCUAUAGUGGAUAUGGGUAACACCGUGCUGUCUAAACGAGCUGCCACCGAGCUUCAGAGCCUGAAAACAAAGCAUCCUGAAUGUUUCCGCCAGGUCGCCCUUUUCCGAAAGACCCUUAUGAUCCUGGAAAGUCAUCACUACCGGCUCCCGGCCAGACGCUUUGCUCUAGACCUCUUUGACAAGAGCGUGAUGAGGCGGGUCGUCCUUGAAGAAGAUACAGAUAGCGACUCUGACAGCUCUAUGUCGCAGUAAGGGUUGUUGCCUCCGUCCUUUUUUUGGCAUUUCUAUUGAUAGUUCACCUCGGUUGCAUGACUCAAACCGUUGUUUGAUGAGUUCUGACACAUAUACCCUGA